GUUUUCGCGGCCGAUCCCGGAGUUGUAAAUAUGGCGACCGAGGGGAUACUUUUAACUAACCACGACCACCAGAUCCGGGUGGGGGUUCUCACAGUGAGCGACAGUUGCUUUAGAAACCUUGCAGAAGAUAGAAGUGGGAUAAACCUCAAGGAUUUGGUCCAAGAUCCUUCAUUGUUGGGAGGAACAGUAUCUGCAUACAAGAUAGUACCCGAUGAAGUUGAUGAAAUCAAGGAGACUCUGAUCGAAUGGUGUGAUGACAAGGAAUUGAAUCUCAUAUUAACAACUGGGGGAACUGGUUUUGCCCCAAGAGAUGUCACUCCAGAGGCCACGAAGGAGGUGAUAGAAAGGGAAGCUCCUGGGAUGGCGCUGGCUAUGCUGAUGGGUUCAUUGAAUGUCACUCCUCUGGGGAUGUUGUCUCGACCUGUGUGUGGAAUAAGGGGCAAAACUCUGAUUAUUAACCUGCCUGGUAGCAAGAAAGGUUCACAGGAAUGCUUCCAGUUUAUACUACCAGCCCUACCUCAUGCUAUCGACUUGUUGAGGGAUGCAAUUGUGAAAGUAAAAGAGGUUCAUGAUGAACUGGAGGACCUUCCCUCACCUCCUCCGCCACUAUCUCCUCCCCCUACCACCAGCCCCCACAAACAGACCGAAGACAAAGGCGUUCAGUGUGAGGAAGAAGAGGAAGAGAAGAAGGAUAGUGGAGUGGCUUCAACUGAAGAGAGUUCAUCCUCACACAUUACAGCAGCAGCCAUAGCAGCCAAGUUACCUGUGUUUUCCUGUCAUAGUCCUGAUAGUUGUGUUGUACAUCAGCGCUUCCAACCUGUACACAGUCCCGCUCCCGUCAUGGCUAAAGGUGGUAAACCUAUCCCUGGGUUCAUUGGUCAUCACUCUCAUACUGCCAUCAGUGCAGGAGAGACGAUCCCAGAAUCCAUUAUUUCUCGUGGUGUCCAAGUGCUUCCACGAGAUAACGCGUCGCUCAGCACAACUCCUUCUGAAUCUCCACGAGCUCAAGCUACAUCGCGUUUGUCGACUGCUUCAUGCCCAACACCAAAAGCUGAGCUCUCUUCGUGCACACCUUCUUAUUGUGCUACAGAGCUCCACCAUAGGUUGGAAGGGCUUAAAGAUGAACUCAGAAGGCAUAGAGGAUACAACUCGCGAGUCCAGUCAAGAUGCAGCAGCAAAGAAAAUAUUCUGAGAGCCAGCCACAGUGCAGUUGAUAUCAGCAAGGUGGCCCGACGACAUCGCAUGUCUCCAUUCCCUUUAACGUCGAUGGACAAGGCCUUCAUCACUGUGUUGGAGAUGACUCCCGUUCUUGGCACUGAAAUAAUCAACUAUCGAGAUGGAAUGGGCCGGGUUCUGGCACAGGACGUGUUUGCAAAAGACAACCUGCCACCUUUUCCAGCUUCAGUGAAAGAUGGGUAUGCUGUACGAGCUGCUGAUGGCCCUGGUGAUCGAUUCAUUAUUGGUGAAUCACAAGCUGGAGAACAGCCGACUCAGACUGUGAUGCCUGGUCAAGUGAUGCGGGUCACGACAGGGGCUCCAAUACCUUGUGGUGCAGACGCUGUUGUGCAGAUUGAAGACACAGAGCUCAUCAGGGAGUCUGAUGAUGGUACAGAAGAGCUGGAAGUACGAAUUCUGACACAGGCUCGGCCAGGUCAGGACAUCAGACCAAUUGGCCAUGACAUCAAAAGAGGGGAAUGCGUUCUGGCCAAAGGCACCCACAUGGGACCUUCUGAGAUUGGUCUGCUUGCAACUGUUGGGGUGACUGAGGUUGAAGUUCACAAGUUUCCCGUGGUAGCAGUGAUGUCCACAGGCAAUGAGCUCCUGAAUCCUGAGGAUGAACUGACACCGGGAAAGAUUCGGGAUAGCAAUCGUUCGACUCUGCUAGCAACAAUUCAAGAACAUGGAUACCCAACCAUCAACCUGGGAAUUGUGGGAGAUAACCCCGAUGACCUGCUCAAUGCUCUCAAUGAAGGCAUAAGCCGUGCUGAUGUCAUCAUUACUUCAGGGGGUGUAUCCAUGGGUGAAAAGGAUUACCUGAAGCAGGUGCUGGACAUUGACCUACACGCCCAGAUUCACUUUGGUAGAGUUUUUAUGAAACCAGGCCUCCCAACAACUUUUGCAACUUUGGACAUCGAUGGCAUCAGAAAAAUCAUCUUUGCACUGCCAGCGGGCGCGGUAGAGGCUGAUGGUGACAUAGGAUCUGAAGGAAAUCCAGUGUCAGCAGUUGUUACCUGCAAUCUCUUUGUCAUUCCUGCACUGAGGAAAAUGCAAGGAAUCCUCGAUCCUCGGCCCACCAUCAUCAAAGCCAGGUUAUCCUGUGAUGUGAAGCUGGAUCCUCGCCCUGAAUACCAUCGCUGCAUCCUGACUUGGCACCACCAGGAGCCAUUGCCUUGGGCACAAAGCACAGGGAACCAGAUGAGCAGUCGUCUGAUGAGCAUGCGUAGUGCCAAUGGACUGUUGAUGCUACCUCCAAAGACAGAGCAGUAUGUGGAGCUCCACAAGGGAGAAGUGGUGGACGUAAUGGUAAUUGGGAGACUAUGAUGUCACCACAGAAGCAGCGUCGGUGCAUGUCUACAUAUCAUUGACUGUAUCCUGUAAUAUGCAACGGCACAGCUAGUUUUUAAUGAUUUGGAUAAAACUGAUUGGUGUUGUUGACAUCUUGAAGUAAUUUCAAAAGAAAUUAGAUAAAAUAAAAUAAUUGAAAUGGGAAGGGGGGGAAGAAAUGCUAUGAAUCCAUUCUGUAUCAUAUGCAGAGCAAAGUUUCUCUUUCAUUACAGUUGCUUUGUGUGUUUAUUGCUAGGUCUGAUAGCGGUAGCUUUUGAUAGACAGCGGUAGGUGCCUGCUAAACUUGUGUUUUAUCAUCUUCAGAUACAGAUACUUAUGCUACUAGCAAGGCUGUCUGCUUUCUUUAUACCAGCUUAGAUAAACACAGCUAUUAUCCUUAUUAGUACGCAACAUAAUUGCUUCACAAAGAGCUUUGCUUGUUCUUUAUCUUGUAUCUCGUGUUCAUGUGCUCAGUGCCAAAAGCAGAGUGGCUGGAGUGGACUGGGUUGGUACAUCACCCUUACAGUGCCGUUGGCUGGGAAGUAUCCCAACAGCCACCUGUCUCAGCAACUCAACUGGCCUUCUGGUUGGAACAGGAACUGGAAAUCUUUCAUUUGAACAAAGAAAUUGCUUCCUUAAGUGCUGACAGCCUUUUUACCAAUUUAAAAAAAGUGUACAGUAAAACAAAGAUUGAUAUUGUACAGAUAAUAGUGUACCAGCAUUCAUGUGGUAAUUCCUAGCAAUGAAAGACAUUUAACACUGUACCAUAACAUUUUCUGUAAUGAUAUUAAAUAUUAAUAAAAAUCCUUGAUCAUUAUUAA